UGGAGGAAACGCUCCGUGUUACCUAUGUUCAUUGUCCUCCUCUCCGUGUACUCAGGGCGGGAUGAUGAGGAAACAGUUGCGGAGCGGCGGCCGCCUCGCUGUGGUGCGGACGUACGGCAAAUACAGGCAGCGGACGGUGAAGGCCCCCAAGUGGCUGAGCCCGGCCACGGGCAGAGAGCAUCUCUUCUCGUCUUCGGACUCCAUCAACAGCAGCAGCAGCCGCUCCCAGAGCACAGACAGUAGCAACCCAUCCCUCAUCAGCAACAGGAAAAGGCAACAAAAAGUGCCGCUAAAUGUUUCAAAUGCUAAGGUGACAGCAAAGAGAAAAGUUGGAAAACAAACAGAUGGCAAAAAUUACAAUAAAGAAACAUCUUAUCCACUCAGGAAUCGAGGGGUUUUACAUGAUCGAAACCAUAGCAUUAUUUCAACAGAAGAUGAAAGUCAGGAAGACUGCAUGUUUGUGGAAGACAAAGAAAAUUAUUUUGCUCCUGUUACUAGGAGCACAGCAGAACAAAUUCUAAAAAGAUCUCCACAACUAAAAUAUGUCACUUAUCGACAGAAACUGCGGAGUUGCAAAAUUGUUUCAAAUCAAGUUUUAAGUACCCAGCUUCAAAUGAGAAAAAAGGAGUUACUUGGGUCACUAUUAGAAUCUUCAGAAUCAUCUAUUUCUUCUGAUAGACCAAAGAAGACAUGCAGAAAUGCUUGCAGGGCUGAAAACUCUAAUCAUAAUCUUAGUUUUGUAAAGAAACUAGAUAGAUCCCCACUGCAGACUAGCACGCCUUCUUGUACCAGGAAAUUAAAAAUCAAGGAACCAUCAAGAUGUAUAAUUUCAUUCAGCAGUGAAAAUGAGGAGAAUUGUGUGUGUAAGAACAAUGUUGAGCCUUAUAACGAGGAAAGUCUUGACCACCCCAGCACAGUGGGAAUCUGUUGCUCCCAGAGUAGCAACGCUUCAUGCAAGGCACGUGUCUCUACAGAACUUCCAAAACAUUCAGAGUUUGUUGGAUUGCCUACAAAGAAGUUGGAUGGAAUUUGCGAUUUUGAAGCUGACUGUAAACCUGUAGCUUUGUCUUUGGCAGAAAAUCUUGAAGAUGUAGAUGCAGUAACUUCCCAUUUAUUUCAAACUCAGAAGGAUGAUUCCUCUUAUACCUUAAAUAGUACCUUCAAUAAUAGCAAAGAGUUGUUUUCUGAUGUCAUUGAAGUAUCUGCUAGGUCUCCUGAGGCUGUUUUAAUUAAUGAAGUAGAUGAUACAAAAGCAUUUGUCAGAAAUUCUUUAGCAAAGUCUGGAUUACUUAACUGUGCAGCAAACCUUGACUUAGUAACUAAACAGGAAAACCAUGAAAGUAGAAACAGAAUUUCCAAAUUGGACUUGGAGCCUGUGGUAUACUUAGAUUAUUUUUCAGUAUUUAGGUAUUUCCAUAAAAGCAGACCAUUGGCAUCUGCUGAAGAUGACUCUUCCAAGGUGAGUUCAUCACAAGGUGCUGCUGGAAAAAAACAUUUACAUAAAAAAUUAACACCCCAGAGAAAUGUGGGGAAAUCUUUUAAUCGGGUGGCUCUUAAGCCUGAUGUGGUGCCCAAUCAUCUUGAACUACAGUGGCAUUUACCUGAGAAGAAAGAUUUAAUAAGAAAUCCAGUGAAAAGAAGUCUGGCUGAUGUUGCUUUUGAUGAUGAACAUAAAUGCAGUUUUCAUCUGCCAGAAAAAGAGUGCAAGCAUACAGAUUACAUGAAUUUGAAGUCAUCAGUUUCUGCAGUCUACUUGCAAGGUGGAAAGUCUGGUAAAGGGCCCACAACUGGAUCAGACUUCUUCGAACCUAUAAUAAGCCAACUAAACAGAAAGACUAUUUUGGUGAAAAAUGGCAGCUCUUUUGGAUCAGUAUUUCAAAAAAACAUGGAUCCUGUUUCAAUCUCUGUGGAAAGUGCAGAAAAGUCCACAGUGCAUUUAUAUGAUCAUCCAGAAUCACAAGUAAAUGAGAUAAAAAACUUGCAAUCAACAUUUGUGAAUUCUUCAUCAGUUUCCACCCCUGUGGGCUCACGUAAUUGGUCAAGGUUCAAAGCCGCUCAUUCAAUUCAUAAAAGGAAGAAAGUCAUUGUUACACCUUUGAAACCUGGUUGCACCAUGCCAGGUGAAAAUAUUUCAGAAUCAACAUACCUUUCAAGAAAAGAAAAUUGUCAUGACCAAACCCUGGAUAAGUUGGUUUCAAUGGCAAAUUAUUCUCCAACUCCACUCAGCAAUAGAACAAGACGAUUGAGAGGUUCCUUUGUGAACAAAUGGUCAUCAAUCCUGCAGCCAGUGUUUCUUACAGAUGAAGAGAGAGUGUACAGUGAAUGUCAUCAGAAUGGUCCCAUUUCCUUUAAAGAAUGCAUACCAUUAACCAAACUCAAGAAGUGUGUGAAAAUUGGAGAGGGAGUCUUUGGGGAAGUUUUUCAGACGACAAAUGAUGAUGGAAAAUAUGUGGUCUUCAAGAUAAUCCCUAUCGAAGGGGAGAAACCUAUGAAUGGUGAACCACAAAAGAAAUUUGAAGAGAUCCUUCCUGAAAUAAUAAUUUCAAGGGAACUAAGUCAGCUGAGUGAAGAAAGUGAAAACUGUACAAUUGGAUUUAUUUCCUUGCAUUCUGUGCAUUGUGUGAAAGAUUCUUACCCUCUGGAGUUACUUAAAGCUUGGGACAAGUAUAAUCAAUCCAAGACUUCUGAAAAUGACCGUCCAGAUCGAUCGAACAAUGAGCAACUUUACAUCAUUUUUGAAUUUGAAUAUGGUGGUUGUGAUCUAGAAAGUAUGAGAACCAAGAUACCUUCCCUUGAAGCAGCAAGAAGUAUACUACAUCAAGUAACUGCAUCCUUGGCUGUGGCUGAAAAUGCUUUAAAUUUUGAACAUAGAGACUUGCACUGGGGUAAUGUUCUUAUCAAGAAAACUGACAUCAAACAGGUUGAAUACAAAUUGUGUGGGAAUACUUUCAACAUUGAUAGUCAUGGAUUUAUGGUCAAUAUUAUUGAUUAUACUCUAUCAAGAAUGGGAAGAGAUGAUGUUGUACACUUUUGUGAUCUUUCCUCUGAGGAUAGUUUCUUUCAUGGUCAAGGAGAUUAUCAAUUUGAUAUAUACAGAAAAAUGAAGAAGGAAAACCUGAACAACUGGGCAGAGUACAAUCCACACACAAAUGUGUUAUGGCUGCAUUACCUGGCUGACAAAAUGUUAAGCAUGCGGUACAAGAAAAGAACCACCAGAGCUCACAAGAUACUUGAAAAUAAAUUUAAGGAGUUCAUGCAUGAAUCUCUAGAGUAUCAAUGUGCUGUAGAUUUACUAUCAUCAAGUCGACUGUUUCAAAACAGCUAAAGUAUUUUGCCUUAAUUUUCAGAUAUGUAAAUAAACUGGCAUAACCUUUAAAAUAAUGAUUUUUAAAUAUUGUAAAAUAUCCUGU